AUGGCGUCCUCUAGCCUUGCUAACGAACCCCCCGUCGACGAUGUCGAUACACGCUCGGUGUCAGGUUCGUCCGAGUCCAGCAAUGAGGAGGGCUGGGAGGAUGUUGAACCCGAUGAUGAGACACAGCCUGUCAUUGACCUGUUCUCAAGCCAAGUCUUCCCUGACGUGCGUUCCAUGCUGAAGGAAUGCAAGGCAACACACAACUUUGACCUGUUGAAGGUCAGAAAAGAUCUGAAUCUUGACUUUUUCGACACCAUUAAAUUGGUCAACUACAUCCGAACUGCGGUAAAAGAUGGAAAGAUUCCGGAUGUGUCGUCCAAGUCUAACUUUGACGAUGAUGUCUAUCUGAAGCCUGUCCUGGAGGAUGAUGCUCUUUUGUACAGCUUGGACGAUGUCACCGAGGAGCAGGCUGAGAGUGCAGCACCUACCAGUGAGGCAGAGCGGAAAGUUGUUGAGCUGCAAGAGGAUUUGGAGAGAUUGCAGCUCCAAUUCUCUGAGUAUAGAACCGCUGUCCAAAAGUCAAUGGAGGACCAACUGAACAAGGAGGAUGAUGAUAAACUCGAUCCCAAGAAUGCGACUGUGUCGAAGUUUGCCAACGCAAACAGAAUCUCGGAGGCUGAUGAGGACUACUUUGCUUCUUACGCCUAUAAUGGAAUCCAUGAAUCUAUGCUGAAAGAUGCUAUUCGCACGGAUGCCUACCGUGAUUUCGUCUACGGACACAAGCACCUCUUCAAGGACAAGGUUGUUCUAGAUGUGGGGUGUGGAACUGGAAUCUUGUCCAUGUUUUGCGCCAAGGCUGGUGCAAAGCAGGUCAUCUCGGUUGAUAACUCGAACAUCAUCGACCGCGCUAAAGAGAUCGUUUAUGACAAUCAGCUCGGCGAUGUGAUCACUUGUAUCCGUGGUAAGAUCGAAGAAGUCACUCUGCCGGUUGAGAAAGUUGAUAUCAUUAUCUCUGAGUGGAUGGGUUACGCUCUUCUCUUUGAGGCCAUGUUUGACUCUGUCAUCUACGCUCGUGACCGCUACCUCGCUGACGAUGGUCUAAUGGUUCCCUCACAUGCCUCUCUCCACAUUGCUCCUUUCGCAGACCCCGAAUUCGUUCACUCGAAUGUCACCUUCUGGAAGGAUGUCUACGGAUUCAAGAUGGACAGCAUGCUCUUGAAAAUCCACGAUGAGGCCUUAAUUCGCCAAGUCCCACACGACUCCAUCCCUUCAGAAUCAGCCGAAUUCUUGGAACUGCCGCUGCACACCAUCACCCGGAGUGAAUUAGUAUUCUUGAAAAACUUCCAGGUUACUUUGAAGACGGAUAUUGAUGCACUGGAUGGCUGGGCCAUCUGGUUUGACAUUUUCUUCUCACCUUCUAGAAACUUGGACUCUAAGAAGGACGUCGUGAAAUUCACAACUGGUCCACAUGGUCCCGAGACCCACUGGCAACAGGCCAUCUGUCUCAUUGAUUAUGGAAACAACACCCCGAAGCCAAUGAAGGCAGGAGCGGUCAUCACUGGAAGAAUUGGCUACCAGAAGUUUGAGGAGGGAUCUCGUGGACUGAACAUCGGUAUUGGCUGGGAGAGCCAAACCAUCGGUUGGGAAAGCCAGUCCAUCUCAGGAAACCAAAAGUGGGCCCUUGACUGA